AUGUCCUUACCCAAAUUUCGAGUCGCUUUGAGAGGAGAAGCCCUUUUAGCUCAUCCUCGCUUCAAUAAAGGCACUGCAUUUACUGCAUCGGAGCGAAAGGCGUUUGGACUCACAGGAAAACUGCCUUAUCGCAUCAACUCACUCGAUGAACAAUGUCAACGAGCCUAUGAUCAGCUUCAAUCUCAAACCACCGAUAUAGGGAAGAAUUCUUUUCUGCAAAGUAUGAAGGAUCAGAAUUGGGUCUUGUUCUAUUCGCUAUUAACGAGGCAUUUGAGGGAGUUGAUUCCCAUUAUCUAUACCCCUACGGAGGCUGAAGCAAUCGCCAACUACUCCCAUCUUUUCCGCCGAAGCGAGGGCCUCUACUUGACGUUCGCUAAUCGUGACUCCAUGGAAGAAGAUUUCCUUGAGGCAACAAAAGGCAAGAGUAUCGACUUAUUCGUUUCUUCCGACGCAGAGGCGAUCCUUGGGAUUGGAGACCAGGGUGUUGGAAUAUCGGCUGCCAAAUCUGUCAUCUAUUCGCUUAUCGGUGGAAUCGACCCGUCUAAAGCGAUUGCCGUUACCCUCGAUGUCGGCACUAAUAAUGAAAGCCUUCUCAACGACCCCUUAUACGUGGGAUGGCCCCACGAACGGAUCCGUGGCAAGGAAUACGAUGAUUUUGUCGACAAAUUUGUCCAGUUAGUCCGCAAGUACUUCCCGCACAGUCUUCUCCAUUUUGAAGACUACGGUGUAACCAACGCGCAACGACUUUUGCAACGUUACCGAGAUACGCAUGCAGUAUUCAACGACGACAUUCAAGGAACUGGUGCAGUCACUCUCUCCACGCUAAUGGCUGCCAUCGGCGUCACAAAAUCCAAGCUCUGCGACCAACGUAUCAUCAUAUACGGUGCAGGCUCUGCAGGCCUAGGAAUCGCUAAACAACUCCGAGACGCCAUGGUCUCCAUAAACAACAUUCCCGUCGAGGAAGCCAACGCACACUUUUGGCUUAUUGACAAACACGGAUUGAUCAGAGAGUCUCUACCAGAUGUUCGCGAUGACCUCAAGGAAUAUGUGCGGAAAGACGCUGAGUGGGAAGAGUUUCAGUCAAAUGGUGAUAUAAAGUUACUGGACGUGGUAAAAAAAGUCAAACCGACAGUGAUGAUUGGUACCUCCACCCAUGCUGGUGGUUUCACUAAAGAGGUCGUUGAGGCCAUGGCGGCAGGAUGUGACAGACCUAUUAUAUUCCCUUUGUCGAAUCCUAGUAGACUCGUGGAGGUGGACCCGAGAGAUGCGAAUGAUUGGACGAAAGGGAAAGCGCUGUUGGCAACAGGAAGUCCAUUCCCCCCUGCAAAGAUGCCUAACGGGAAAGAUUAUAUAAUUGCUGAAUGCAACAACGCUCUCAUCUAUCCUGGUUUAGGCUUCGGCUCCAUGAUCAGCCAAUCUCGUAUCAUGACGGACACUAUGAUCAUCGCUGGGGCACGUCGGCUCGCGUCGUUGUCCCCCGCUCUCAAAGACCCCGAUGACGCCCUGCUGCCUGAUUUUGGCGACGCGCCUUCGGUCAACUUUGAAGUCGCUGUGGCGGUUGCUGAACAAGCCAUCGAGGAAGGUAGUGCGGGGGUGGAUUGGAAGAAGGAGGAAGUGAGGGAGAAGGCGAAGGAGAGGCUUUGGCAGCCUAUUUACGGGGAGUAUGUGUAUGAUGAGAACGGAGAUAAGUGA